ACAAACAAACAUAUAUCCCCUGUAUACUUUUUUAAAUUAAAAAAUUAAAUUUUUGAAAGCAUUAUAAAUUAAAAAAAGAAAUUUUUUCAUUUAAAUAAGCAAAUCGAAUAAUUAGUAGAUAGGAUAUUAUUUGAGCAAGAAGUUAAAAAAAUCGCAAAUAUUCAUUAAAUAGAGAGUUAGAUUAAUUAAUACAUGGGAGCAGGAGAUUCUAAGGUAGACUUUGGUUAGCUGUAAAUUGAGCACUAUAGAAAACCAGGCUUGAAUGAUCAAGAAAUCUAUUAAUUAUAUUAAAUUUUUUAAGGACUAGGACCUAACAAGGAAGGAAUGGUUAAGGCUUCUAAAGUAAAGCAAUAGUAUUAAGAGUCUAUGAAUAAGAAAGAUUUUGACUUGCAAAUUGGAAAUUUAGAACACCUGAAUUGGGAUACAUUCUUCCAUAUUAUGAGUAAUGAUAUUAUUGAAAAAAAAUAAAGAUUUGGAGAUGUCUAAUUUGAUACUUCUGCUAAUGAUGUUGGAUGUGUAUUUUGUCCUUAUACUGUAGAUAAGAGAUAAUAAUGA